GGCUCCCGGACGCAGCAGCGGCGGCCCGAGCCGGCCCUAUGGCGCGGGCGGACACGGGCCGCGGGCUCCUGGCGCUGACCUUCUGUCUGCUGUCCGCGCGCGGGGAGCUGCUGUUGCCUCCAGAGACAACUGUCAAGCUGAGCUGUGAUGUGGGGCCUUUGCAAGUGGUCCUGGGCCCCGAGCAGACUGUGGUGCUGGACUGUAGUUCGGGGGCUACUGCUGCUGGACCACUGACCAGGGUGACAUGGUACAAGGAUGGGGACACUGUGCUGGAGCAGGACAACCUGCACCUGCUACCCAACGGCUCCCUGUGUCUGUCCUCACCUCUAGACCCGGAAGACAGUGAUGAAGACGAAGAAGCCCUUAAGACCUGGAAGGUCAUCCAGGGCAGCUAUUCCUGUCUGGCCCACGGCCCGCUGGGAGUGGUGGCCAGCCAGGUUGCUGUGGUCAGGCUUGCCACACUUGCAGACUUCUCUCUGCACCCGGAGUCCCAGACGGUGGAGGAGAAUGGGACAGCACGGUUUGAAUGCCACGCUGAGGGGCUGCCAGCUCCCAUCAUUACCUGGGAAAAGGACCAGGUUCCGGUGCCGGAAGAGCCUCGGCUUGUCACUCUUCCCAACGGCGUCCUCCAGAUCCUGGAUGUCCAGGACAGUGACACGGGUUCCUACCGCUGUGUAGCCACCAAUUCAGCCCGCCGACGCUUCAGCCGUGGGGCCUCACUCAGUGUGGCCCUCAGAGGGUCCUUGGAGGCUCCCAGGGGCCAGGAUGUGAUCAUUGUGGCAGCCCCGGAGAACACCACGGUGGUGUCUGGACAGAGUGUAGUGAUGGAGUGCGUGGCCUCUGCUGACCCCACGCCUUUUGUGUCCUGGGUCCGACAGGAUGGGAAGCCAAUCUCCACGGAUGUCAUCGUUCUGGGCCGGACCAAUCUACUCAUUGCCAGCGCACAGCCCCAGCACUCUGGUGUCUAUGUCUGCCGGGCCAACAAGCCCCGCACCCGCGACUUCGCCACUGCUGCCGCCGAGCUCCGAGUGUUGGCGGCCCCUGCCAUCUCGCAGGCGCCGGAGGCACUGUCGCGGACACGGGCCAGCACCGCGCGCUUCGUGUGUCGAGCGUCCGGGGAGCCACAGCCGGCUCUGCGCUGGCUGCACGACGGGGCCCCGUUGCGACCCAACGGGCGCGUCAAGGUGCAGGGCGGUGGCGGCAGCUUGGUCAUCACUCAGAUCGGCCUGCAAGACGCCGGCUACUACCAGUGCGUAGCUGAAAACAGUGCGGGAACCGCGUGUGCGGCUGCGCCCCUGGCGGUGGUGGUGCGCGAGGGGCUGCCCAGCGCCCCAACUCGGGUCACGGCCACACCUCUGAGCAGCUCGGUUGUACUGGUGGCCUGGGAGCGGCCUGAGCUGCACAGCGAGCAAAUCAUUGGCUUCUCCCUUCACUACCAAAAGGCAAGGGGAGUGGACAACGUGGAGUACCAGUUUGCAGUAAACAAUGACACCACAGAGCUGCAGGUUCGGGACCUGGAACCCAACACGGAUUAUGAAUUCUACGUGGUGGCCUACUCCCAGCUAGGGGCCAGCCGCACCUCCAGCCCAGCCCUGGUGCAUACACUGGAUGACGUCCCCAGCGCAGCACCCCAGCUUACCCUGGCCAGCCCCAACCCCUCGGACAUCAGGGUGGCAUGGCUGCCCCUGCCCUCCAGCCUGAGCAACGGGCGGGUGGCGAAGUACAGGAUAGAGUACGGUUUGGGAAAGGAAGAAGAUCAGGUUUUCUCCACUGAAGUGCCCGGAAAUGAGACACAACUUACGUUAAACUCGCUUCAGCCAAACAAGGUGUACCGAGUCCGGAUUUCAGCCGGCACUGGGGCCGGCUAUGGAGUCCCUUCCCAGUGGGUGCAGCACAGGACACCCGGUGUGCACAACCAGACCCAUGUCCCCUUUGCCCCUGCAGAAUUGAAAGUGAGGGCAAAGAUGGAGUCCCUGGUGGUGUCAUGGCAGCCGCCCCCUCAGCCAACCCAGAUCUCUGGAUACAAACUCUACUGGCGUGAGGUGGGGACAGAUGAGGAGACAGACGGUGACCGCUCCCCGGGGGGCCGUGGAGACCAGGCUUGGGACGUGGGACCCGUGCGGCUCAAGAAGAAAGUAAAGCAAUAUGAGCUGACCCAGCUAGUCCCUGGCAGGCUGUACGAGGUCAAGCUGGUAGCUUUCAACAAACACGAGGACGGCUACGCUGCUGUGUGGAAGGGCAAGACGGAGAAGGCGCCCACGCCAGACCUGCCUAUCCAAAGGGGUCCACCCCUGCCUCCCGCCCACGUCCAUGCAGAGUCAAACAGCUCCACCUCCAUCUGGCUCCGGUGGAAGAAGCCAGACUUUACCACCGUCAAGAUUGUCAACUACACUGUGCGCUUCGGCCCCUGGGGGCUCAGGAACGCCUCCCUGGUCACCUACUAUACCAGCUCCGGAGAAGACAUCCUCAUUGGCGGGCUGAAGCCGUUCACCAAGUAUGAGUUUGCUGUACAGUCCCACGGUGUGGAUAUAGAUGGGCCUUUUGGCUCCGUCGUAGAGCGCUCCACCCUGCCUGACCGGCCUUCAACCCCACCUUCUGACCUGCGCCUGAGUCCCCUGACACCAUCCACCGUUAGGCUACACUGGUGUCCCCCGACGGAGCCCAACGGUGAGAUCCUGCAGUAUCUCAUUCUUUACAGCAAUAACCACACCCAGCCAGAGCACCAGUGGACGCUGCUCACCACAGAGGGAAACAUCUUCAGUGCAGAGGUACAUGGCCUGGAGAGUGACACCCGGUACUUCUUCAAGAUGGGGGCCCGCACAGAGGUGGGGCCUGGGCCCUUUUCCAGAUUGCAGGAUGUGAUCACUCUCCAGGAGACAUUCUCAGACUCCUUGGAUGUGCACUCUGUCACAGGCAUCGUUGUGGGAGUCUGCCUGGGUCUUCUCUGCCUCUUGGCCUGCAUGUGUGCCGGCCUACGACGAAGCUCCCGCAGGGAAGCCCUCCCGGGACUGUCCUCCACGGCCUCCCCUGGGAACCCAGCACUGUACUCAAGAGCUCGGCUUGGGCCCCCCAGUCUCCCUGCUGCCCAUGAGUUGGAGUCCCUCGUGCAUCCCCGCCCUCAGGAUUGGUCUCCACCUCCCUCGGAUGUGGAAGACAAGGCUGAAGUGCACAGCCUUAUGGGUGGCAGCAGUUCAGAUUGCCGGGGUCACUCCAAGAGAAAGAUCUCCUGGGCUCAGCCAGCGGGGCCGAGUUGGCCAGGCUCCUGGGCAGGCUGUGAGCUGCCCCAGGGUGGUGGUCCUAGGCCAGCUCUGACCCGUGCCCUGCUACCUCCAGCCGGAACUGGGCAGACACUGUUGCUUCAAGCUCUGGUGUAUGACGCCAUCAAGAACAACGAGAGGAAGAAGCCGCCCUCAGCCUGUAGGAAUCAGGUGGAGGCUGAGGUCAUUGUCCACUCCGACUUUGGUGCGUCCAAAGGAUGUCCUGACCUCCACCUCCAAGACCUGGAGGCCGAGGAACCCCCGCCUGCAGAGGCUCUGCCUUCCACCUCCGGCAUUGUGGAUCUGUCUGAAGGAGCAGACUGUCUGGGCAGGGAGCUGGAAGGGUGUGAACAGGCAACCACUGGGCGGGAGAGGCUCACCUGCUUGCCAGAGGCAGCCAGUGCCUUCUGCUCCUGCCCAGACCUCCAGCCUAGCACUGCCAUAGAGGGCCCUGGGAAAAGCUGCCAGCCCAAAGCCUUGUGCCCUCUAGCAGUGAGCCCAAGCCUCCCCAGGGCCCCAGACUCCUCUGCUCAGCUCUCCUGAGCAAGAGGCUGAUCUGGCACAGGGACUGGCAUGCACGGCCACACGUGUGUGCACGAGAUUCAACAAGCCUUUUGGAACCUCUUAGGAUGCUUUGGCUGGGGUGGGGGAGAACUUUACUUGCUCCCCCGUAUUCAGCACCACAUCUGUGAUACUGGAAGGACUUGAGACACGGCUCCAUGUGAUGGACAUGUGAGAAGUCACAUGUGUGUGCUGGUUGAGCUGGGAAAUCUCAUCCUAUGUAGCAGUCACUGUGGCCUAAUUGAUCCUCCGUGGCAGGAUGGCAUAACAGUGAUUGGUGGCAGCGCUUUGAGCCAUAGCCCUGUCACCCAGCCUUUUAUUACACUCUGAGAGUGUCUCCAGUGCCGUGUCUACAAAGACAGCCCCAGCCCCUCUGCUGUCAGCUGGGGCGAAUGGAGUGCCAGUCAACUCCGCAGGCCUACACCCACAGCAGCACGGCCCUCUGUCAUCCCUCCGGCCUUCUAAGGCCCAGAUGGCUGGGUGAGCCCAGCUCAGCUCCUUUGAACAACUCUGUACCUAAUUUUGUAAUUUGGGAAGUGCCUGGUUUGGGAAAUC